AUGCCACUAGUACAUGGCGGUUUGGUAGUCAACUGGUCAGGUCAAGGAUUGCAAAAACUGGGUCCAACCUUACCCUGUGAUGCUGAUACUCACACUCUGAUUCUGGACAAAAACCAGAUAAUUAAAUUGGAACACUUGGAGAAAUGCAGGAAUCUGAUGCAGCUCUCUGUAGCCAACAAUCGUUUGGUGCGAAUGAUGGGUGUAGCAAAACUGACUAAGCUCCGGGUGUUAAACUUGCCUCAUAAUAGUAUUGGGUAUGUCGAAGGGCUGAAGGAUUUGGUGCACCUGGAAUGGCUGAACUUGGCAGGAAAUAACCUCAAGGCCAUUGAACAAAUCAAUUCGUGUCUAUCUCUUCAGCAUCUUGAUUUAUCAGACAAUAAUAUAGCUCAAUUAGGUGAUCUCUCCAAGCUUACAUCGCUGAAGACUCUGUUGCUACAUGGAAAUAUUAUAACUUCACUUCGCACUGCCCCUGUUUGCCUACCUCAGAAUCUGACUGUUUUUUCUUUGGCAGAAAAUGAAAUCAGAGACUUAAAUGAGGUUUCUUUCCUGGCCUCUCUUCGUCAACUGGAACAGUUGUCAAUUAUGAACAAUCCCUGUGUGAUGGCCACACCUUCUAUCCCUGGGUUUGACUACAGGCCAUAUAUUGUCAGCUGGUGCCUGAACCUUAAGGUUCUUGAUGGAUACGUGAUUUCUCAGAAGGAAAGUUUGAAAGCAGAAUGGCUCUACAGUCAAGGUAAAGGAAGAUCAUAUCGACCUGGGCAGCAUGUUCAGCUGGUCCAGUACUUGGCUACUGUUUGUCCUCUUAUAUCUACAUACGGUCUCCAGACUGAAGAGGAUGCCAAACUGGAAAAAAUACUGAGUAAGCAAAGGCUUCACCAGAGGCAGUUGAUGCAUCAGAACCAAAACGAAGGACCACCUACGUCUUCCACUCCCAACAAAACACUGCCGGUUACUUAUGAACACAGCAGUCCAGCCCAGCCACCACAGAUAGUUCUUGAAAGUGAACCUAUCAUCCAGAAGAAUUCUUGGGUUGGACCAAGCGCAAAUGAUGAUCAUUCCUAUGCAGUAAAGAACACUUUUCAUCUUGAAAGAAUUCUUUGCAAGGAGCUAUACCUUGAAGAUAUACAGACAGACGAAGACAAAUUAAACAGCAGCCUUUUAUCCUCAGAGUCUACUUUCAUGCCAGUUGCUUCAGGAUUGUCUCCAGUGUCUCCUACUUCAGACCUGAACCUACGUGGAAUCAAUUUGGGCCUAGAAGAUGAUGAUGAUACAGUGAUUGAAUGUGUGAGAGAUAUUAAUAGUGGAGAAACAGCUAACAAGCAAGAAGCUUCAUGUGUUACAAGAGAGCACUCCGACAGAACAGUGGGAAGUGCAGAAACUCAAGAGAAUAUCAAAGAGAGUAUGCCAUUGCCUUCUCCAGCUCCAGUAAAAGUUAGCCUGACUGCUAAUACUACCAACUGUUCAGCAUCCUCUGAAGACCAAGUUCUGCACAGUCACCCCAGCACCUCAGUAGGUGCUGCAUCAGGAGUUAAAAAUCUCUGUCCUGAUCAGAUAACAGGAGAAAGUUCUGAUUCAUUAGCUGUUGUUGAUCAAGGCACAGCUGAACUACAAAGAAUGACUAAAGCAGCUACCAAGCUUCAAGCCUGCUGGAGAGGAUUUUACACGAGGAACCACCAUCCCCGAGCCAAGGAAGUGCGGUAUGAAAUUCGACUGAAAAGAAUGCAGGAGCACAUCAUUUGCUUAACUGAUGAAAUACAAAAACUAAGAAAAGAAAGAGAGGAAGAUAAGAUUCAGAGGCUUGUACAGGAGGAAGCUGUCAGAUUUCUUUGGAACCAGGUUAAAUCCCUUCAACAAUGGCAGCUUUCAGUGACACAAAAUUUAGGUGCCACUUGGCAACCUGGGAUCCCUUCAGCCAGUACUUUCUGUCCAUCUGAACCAUCUAUUCGAUCAUCCACACUUGAGCAGGAAACCCCACCAGACAUUAGUUCUGCUUGGUUAGUUCCAGCUAGUGAUGUUCUUCAGGAAAAGUCUUUGUUGCAGUUCCCAGAUUCUGGUUUUCAUUCUUCCAUGGCUGAUCAAACUCAUGCCGGUGACUUAUGUAGCUCUGAAAAAAGUUUAACAGAAGGAACUGAGAGCUCUCUUUCGGUGGAAACUGUCAAACGAUGUGGCAAUUCUCUUUCAACAUGCUCUUCAGAUGUAGAGGAUAGCCUUGGGGAACAUGAGCAAAGUAAAGAGAGCUCUAGUAAUGAGCAGGACAACAGACUAAUACAAGAGUAUUUGAAAUCUGUUCAGCAGCUUGAAGAGGCUGAUGAAGGGACAAACUGCAACGGUGAGACAGAGGGUAGCUGGCCACAAAUCACCGUCUCAGCAGAAGGCCAAGAUUCUUCGUCUGACACUGUCCCUGUAGAUCUCCCUCAAGAUACAUCUUCCCCUGCCCGAGGUGAAAUCAGUCAGACACCAGAAAGCUGCAAACUGAAUUCAGGAAUAGCAGAAGGGAAGCAAACAGACUGUGAUUCAUCAUUUCAGAUGCUGCAUGUUGGGAUAACUGUAUAG